AGGUUUUAUGAGGGUAGGCCCCCCCCCGCCUUCCGGGGGGGAGGGGGGAAGUGCGCAUUUGCCUUUAAAAGGCCAUGCCCCCCCGGCGGCCAGGCGGCAAGUACAAGGGCUUGGUGCACCGCAACAAGACGGAUGCCGUCCUGGCGGCGGAAGCUGAUGCCAGGGCGAAGCGGCGGCAAGAAGAGGUGGUGAAAAGGGCGGCGAUAAGGAAGCAGAGGCAGAUGAUGGACCGGGAAGGCUUAGCUGCGGAGAUGGAUCCCGAAGAGGAGAAGAGGCAGAGGAUCCUGAAUUUGCUCAUGGGAGGUCGCAAGGGCGACACCAUGAAGUUCUUCCACGCCUGGAAGCAGGGGGCAAUACAGCAGCGCAAGGAGGUGAAGAUCCACGAGCGGGAGCUGGGCUGGCGCCGGAACUGCGACGGCAUGGACCCCACCUUUCCCAAGAACUGCAACGCCCUACGGAGGGUGCUCUCCAGCGACAUCACCUUGCCGCUGAACAACUUCCUGGCGCUGCCAUCAGGCGAAGCAGAGGAGUUCCGCGCCUCCCGCGGGCGCGACUACCCCAUGGGUUGGACGGGCAUGUCGGACAAGCUGAGGCGCCAGCAGACGAACCAAGUCAUGGGCUUUCUGCCGCUGAUCAACACCAAGGCUGCCGCCCCCAAACGGAUCGUCAGCCAAGCCGCCGCAGAGGAGAGUGAGCCGGAUCGCUGGUUCGGCCCGAAGGCAGACAUCCAGACCGUGGCACAUGCCAAGACCGGGGAGCUCUAUUACCUGGACACCAUGACCAUGCGCAUGCGGCAAUGCCCGGCCGACAAGCAGCUGCAGCACAUGAGGCGUAGAUCCUCACAGAUCGAAGUCUUGGCGGACGGCGGGUGACGUGAACGGAAGCUGCGGCCCGUAGGAAUCUCCGACCCGCGUCUGGUUUUGGGGCCAAAUCCAC